CUUUACAAUGUCGACAGGUUGUUGUUUUGCUUCUUCUUUCAAGAUUAAGUGGUCAUUGGCGCCCAAUUUGAAGUGAAAUUUGUCUUCUCCUUUCGUGUUUUUUUUCUCAGAACACAAGCGAAAUAUCAUCAAAAUAGGAAAAAACCUUGAAUCGAGGACAUAAAAUUAUUGCGCGGGCUAAGCGAGUAAGCGAUGAAUGGCUUCAGACUUAAAAUCUUCCAAGCAACAUCAACAGGUUGUAAGACAGGGCUUUCUCUGGUGCAUGGCAGCCAUCUAUUUAUUUGCUUUCACCUCUCUUUACGUCCAAAUACCAGGUCUCUAUGGACAUGAUGGCCUACUCCCUGCAAGUUACAUUUUGCACGACUUGUCAUCAUGCAUAGAUAAAAGUGCUGCUUGUCCAUUGUGGGCCUCGUCAGGAGAGUGUAUCGCAAACACGGGGUGGAUGAUUGAGAACUGCAUGAAGUCUUGUAACAGUUGCCAUGCACUGGACAGAUCCUUUAGUGGAUUGUUCAAGACCACACCCACUCUUUUAUGGGUGACACCAUAUUUGGGACUGGACACACCCACAGGGAUGGAGUUCUUGUGUGUCAUUGGCAUUUUACUUUCGCUGGUUCUCCUUGUGUCCCAAAGAUGCCGUGACUGCCUAGCUUUCCUGAUGCUGUGGUUUUUGUACUACUCUAUGUUACCAGUUGGUCAAAUAUUUAUCCAGUACCAGUGGGAUGCACUGUUGUGGGAAUCAGGAUUUCUGGCCUUUCUGGUUGCUCCCUGGAACAUUGUUUUUGCACCCUGGAAAAUUGGGAAACUAACACUCUUUAAGUGCAGGCGUCUCAGGUGCAUCUCAAGGCAUCAUGACACUGUAACCCUGUGGCUGGUUAAGUGGUUAUUGUUUCGUCUGAUGUUUGCCUCAGGAGUUGUUAAACUGACAUACAUGGACAGAACAUGGUGGGAUCUAAGCGCACUUACCUGGCAUUACGAGUCUCAAUGCAUACCCACACCAGUUGCGUGGUACUUUCAGAAGCUUCCUGUUUGGUUCCAUAGACUCAGUGUGGUUUUGACAUAUGUCAUUGAGAUCGGAAUUCCUUUUCUGGCGUUUGCUCCUGUGAGAAUUCUUCGCGUGUUUGUUUAUUGCAGUGAGGUUUUUCUCCAACUGUUGAUUCUUCUCACUGGUAACUACAACUUCUUCAACCUACUGACAAUCGUCUUGUGCAUAUCGGUGCUUGAUGACAAGUGUAUUCUCUCUCGUAUACAGUGUUUCCUGUGCAGACGGUGCAUGCGUUCAAGCUGUUUUUGUGCGGCAAACCAGCGAACAAAAGCUAAACCUCGUGUCGGAUACUCAGAGGUUAAACAAGAGGAGAGCUUAGAGGAAGACGUGGAAGAAAAAAUGGCCUCCAGAAGUAAUAAAGAUUUAGAAGCAGCACAAAGUGAAAAUGCGUCAAGUUCAGAGGAUAGGAAAACCGUAUCGAAGAGAAGCACUAGCCCAGAAGAAAGUUCAACAACCUCUCAACUUGUGGAGUAUGUCUUACACUGGAUGAACUCGCUUCAUGAGAAUUCCAAAUUCACUCAGGCGAGGGAUUUCCUGCACAGCAAAAUGUUUGGUUGGAUAAAGCUGGCCUCUAUCUCAAUCUCGUUUGUUUUCGUUUUGAUAAUUAUCAUUGUUUGCACCGUCAAGUGGUUCAGUAUUAAGAUCACAAAAGACGAACCUAUCCACUGCAAAACAGCAUUUACACCUGAACAGCUUGUAAACACAGUUCAAUUCGCCACACAGUUUGCAUUGUGGAUGGGUUUUUUGUCUCUUUUAAUCGAAAUACUGGGAGCGUUUACUAGGUGCCUUUUGGAGCAGUGCAGCAAGCGUACUAAGGCGUGGCAGUUGUUUCAGUGUCUCUUCUGGUCUGUCGUGGGUUUAUUGAUGUUUUCUGUCAGCUUGUACUCACUCACAGCAGUUGAUCGUGUUGUCCAGCGAAGCCUUCCCAAGACGUUUGUUAAUUUGUAUCGACAUACGGCUUAUCUGGAGCUGACCAAUGCUUACGGCUUAUUCAGAAGUAUGACUGGGGUUGGUGGUCGGCCCGAGAUUAUCAUCAUAGGCAGCAACUCAAUGGACGGUCCUUGGGAGGAAUACAACUUCUUAUACAAACCUGGCAACGUUUAUCAGCCACCGCCAUUUGUUGCACCUCACCAGCCUCGCUUGGACUGGCAAAUGUGGUUCGCAGCGCUUGAAUCCUACUCUGAAAAUCCAUGGUUUCUGAGCUUGAUUCAUAAACUAAUGAAAGGACGUACCGAUGUCUUACAGCUGAUGGGUCAAAAUCCUUUCAAGGAAACUCCACCGCGGUUCAUCCGAGCGCAACUGUUUCUAUAUCAUUACACCAGGAGCACUUCAAGUCUGUGGGAAGUUUUGUUCCAUCCAAGAGGCGAGAAAGCCUGGUGGACGCGGGAAUUCAACAAAGAAUAUUUACCAUUCGUCGUCAGUAACAACUCUAUGUCGACAUUGGAGAAUAUACUGGAGAAACAGAGAAUUUACCGGCCAAAUUUCAAGCCAGAGAUCACGUGGGGCUUCCUUUAUCCGCUGAUACGGAACUUGAGGGAAGCUCAUAGACAAACUGCGCCCACCACUCUCAUAAAUGCUCUUCUCUUUACGGUGGUCACGUGUCUAGUGUUCAAAGUUUGGUGGAGAGGGACUGGAAGAAAGUUCUGCACGCUGUCUUUAUGUCGAGUUCGCGAUAAGAGUAAGGCGAACUUGAAAGCUUUUGGCAAGGAGGAGUACGCAGACGUUGUGGAAGAAUCGACAAACAGAAACGUCUCUUGUUGGAAGUGGAUCGAUUUUACUGGCUGCUUGGAUAAACUGCGUGAGAUGAGCCGGGUGACACGCGAGAAAAUCACGAUAUGGUGUGGCUCUGUGUUUUGCAAGCUUCAAGAAAGUUACCAGAGAUGCACGAUCUUAUGGAAGACGAGGAUGCCUUCUGUUAAGAAAAAAGCAUAAUUCACGAAAGAUCCAUUGAAAUACUGUUCACUCUUUAAGAGGCUCGUCAGCUGGCUGCAUCCCUUUCAUCGCUUCAAAGUAAGGAGCGUCAGUGAACAAUCUACAGAUGGCUACUACCGUUCCGUCAAGAACGUUUUUGGCAAAGAUCGCUAUGACUCGGCACUGAUACGCAAAAUGCAAAGUGUUUCCUUCCACCGAAGGGAUUGCUUAGACUGAAAGGUAGCAAGAUUAGGCAGCCAAAUUAAGAAACUUUACAUAGUGUCUUUUCAGUCCAGGUCUACCUUUGACAGAUUAACAACUGGUGGAUACAAUGUGAAAAUUUAUUUAUUCAUUCACUCUGGCAUUGAUACUUUAUUAUUUAUUUACACAUAGAUAUUUUUUGUUUAU